UUACCGCACGAGUCUCUCUCUACUACAGUGUGCAGUAACGGUGUCGCGUCAUUCUGUACAAUUAAACAUAGCCACGGGGGAAAAGAGUUACAUGUGUGUUUCACAUUUCUAUUCAACCGAUCUGUGUCUCUAGAGUUUGCUCUUUCAUCUCAUUUGGAAUUCAGAAAUUUACUUCUGCAUCAACUUACAGGUGGAUAAAACUAUGGAGCUUUGUAAAGAGGAAACUUUAUCUGAUGAUGUUCUGCCUGUUGUCAUUGUUGGUAAUGGGCCAUCAGGGAUUUGUCUUUCUUAUUUGCUGUCGGGACACACACCUUACCUUUCCCCGGACGGCUUUCACCCCAACCCUAUUUUGCAUAACAAACUCUCAGAAAAUCCCAAUCUGUCUUUGUUUGACCAGGAUCUCGAAUACCUGUGUGAGGGUGUGGAGGGUCGUUCAUCAAACCCUGUGGCCGUGCUUUUUGAUGCCCUUUUGCUCCCUGACGGUGACUUUGGAGUUGACUGCCCUUCACCGCUUGUAUGGCAGUACGAGCCAGAAAGGGCCGUACCCCAUCUUGUAUUGGGAAAGGGGCCACCUGGUGGGGCCUGGCAUGCUAUGGAGGGCUCGAUGUUUACUCUCAGCCUGGCUAACUGGAUGGAACUUCCUGGUCUGAAGCUGAAAGACUGGGUGAGAGAUAAAAGAAGAAAUGUACGUAACGACCGAGCCACACCGGCUGAGAUUGCGUCUUACUACCAGCACUAUGUGAAUAAAAUGGGCCUGGAGAAGAGAUUUGCUUGCGGCACGACCGUGACCUCCGUCCAUCAGGUUUCACUCGACUCCGGCCGCACCGUUUGGAAGAUCCAAGGCCUCCAGAGGAGAUCCAAGGUUGGUGAAGGACAGGAAGAAGCUGAGGUCCCUUUCUCCGUUCACGCUGAAAACGUGGUGCUCGCUACAGGAACCCACGACAUCCCCGCGCGUCUUGGCGUGCAGGGCGAGAAUCUUCCCUAUGUGUGCCACAGCUUCUGGGAGCUGGAGGCCGCCAUUUCCUCCGGCCAUUUGGAUUGCGCCUCGGAGCCGGUUCUCGUGGUGGGUGCUGGGCUGACGGCGGCAGACGCCGUCCUUGCGGCUCACCACUUGAACACGCCUGUAUAUCACGCCUUUCGGCGACCCGUGACCGAUCCGGGUCUCAUCUUCAACCAGUUGCCCAAAGUCCUCUACCCUGAGUACCACAAAGUGCAUCAGAUGAUGAGCCAACAGCAGCACAAAAUGAAUGAGACUGUGGUGAAUCUUUCCAAUCAUCCCAUCGUUUCACCUGCGGAUGGCACGAGUUACCCAGGUUAUCUCAGUUUCCCUAAGCACCGGGUGGUUGAGUUUAAGCCGGAUGGGAAAUGUGUUCUAGAGGGUGAAGGAGGGCUUCAAACCGCUCUGCAGGUCUCGAUGGCGCUCGUUUUGAUCGGGUCACAUGCAAACCUGUCUUUUCUCCCAGAAGACGGUCACUCGUUGGCUCUGGAACCAGAAGAGCCAAUUAGCUGUCGACGAAACCCAUUAGAUGUUGAUCCAUACACGUACGAGUGCGUUAAGGAGCCGGGGAUGUAUGCCAUGGGACCGCUGGUGGGUGAAAACUUUGUGCGCUUCCUUAAAGGCGGCGCUUUGGCUAUCGCGUGUGACAUUGUGCGUAAACGCAAAACGAAACGACAAAGUGCAACAGAGAAUUGUGUUACAAGCUUGUUGAACAAUUGCACCUUAGAGGCAUAAAGAUUACGAAGAUGUACUCUUUCAUUUACAUUUUUACGUUUGGCAGGUUCUUUUAUUAAAAGUGACUUGCAGUGCAUUACAGGUAUACAAAGUAUACAUUGGGUUCGAACCCGUAUCCGUUUGCAUGGCUAAUGCAAUAAUCUACCCCUGAGUUUUACAGAAACGCAUGUUAUGGAAAUCUUGUUCAUGGAGAGCAAGAUAAAAAUCAUUCGCUCGUGACUGCAAAUGCACUAACGUGUUUUUCUUGUAAAGUUUGUCUAAACCUUAAUCUGGACAAGGUGUUUGUAAGACUUCAGGGAAUGUUUUUUUUUUUUUUUGGACAUGCCUGAUCACUUGUUUGUGCCAAAUCAACAUUUGUACUGUUUCCAUGUGGUCGGCUCAAACAUUUUCUUCAUGUGAGGAAGAAUGCAAUACAAUUUUGCCACGCAAAUACUGAUGUUUAUAAGUCUUGGUACAUGCUAGUUCCCAUUUCUUGUUUUGAAAUAAGCAGAGUUUAAACAUAAAUUGCGUAUUGGUGAUAUGCAGUAUUUUUUGGGGGGGUUAUGGGAUUUUGUUAUUUUACAUUGAAAAACGAAGAGUGUUCAUUUAGGUGAAUGUACUCAAAUGUAUGAUGGCAUUAUGACAUGUUUUACUACCUAUAUUUAAUUUUUGUCUUCUGCACAUCUGAGUAUACCACUGUAGAGAGUCCAUUUAUUACACCAGUGGUUCUUUAAAUAGAGACGGGAAUUUAAAAAAAAAUAGAUACAUUUAUCAUAAAUUAUGCUUCAGAAAAAUAAGGCUACUAAUGAACAGCACUACAUUGUAUAAUUUAAUGUUUUAAUUUAAAUUUGAGAUUGUUUUGUGUCAUGAACUUUCUAUGGAGGGUUACGAAAGGAUAUACACAAGAACCACUGGGUUACACCAACAAACUCAAACUUAAUGUCUAAAGUAAGGAUUAGUAAAAGUUUUUGUAAGACUUUAUUGAUUCUUUAAUAUUUUUUAAGCUGCUCAUUUCCCAAAGCUAAAACUUGUGUAAGGUCAGAUUACACUUACAAAACUGAGCGUUAGAGGUCUCGUGCAUGCAGAGAUGAUGCCAGUUGUAGAAUGACACCAUUAUCUACAUCAGUGGUUCUCAAACUGGAAUAUAUAAAAAAAUAUUUAUCAUAAAUUCUGUUUAAGUAAACAUCAGAAAAAUAAGGCUAAUAACCAACACCGCUACUUUGUAUAAUGUUUUGUUUAAUUCAAAUUUUAAGAUUUGUAAUGUAGCUCAUAAAUCUUUUUUUUGGGGAGGCCACAAAGAAAUGCAUUGUACACAGGGAGGCCACAUGCCAAAAAAGUUUGAGAGCCACUGAUCCACAAAACUCGCAUGCUUAUGUGAAACAAGAUGAUGUAUGGGCCAAAUGUAACUUUUUGUCCAAGAUAUUUCCUUUAACAUGUUGAUGCAAUGAACAUAGUUAAAUGCAUAUCAUGUUUCUUUAAGAAAGUUAUUCUAUUCUUGAAAUCUCAAAUAUCAUUCUACUGUAUGAACUAAGUUUUGAACCCUGGCAGCUCUGAUUAAACAUGUUUUUAAAAAUUAUUUGUACUCAAAAAGUGCAAAAAGUAUACAUUUGUAAAAGAUGUAUAGUUUAUUUACAUUAAUUGUUAGUGUUAAACACUAAUAAAAAAAAAGAAAAUGGAA